CGGCCGGAGGCUGCAAGCAGGCAGGGGCUCCGGCCGUCUGUGCAUCAGUCCAUCUUUCCGGCGCCUGUCCCAGGCCAUGGCGAAGCUGUUGGUGCUCACCAUUUUGGGAGUGGGACUGGCACUCUUCAGGGACCACCGGUCUUCUUACCAAACACGAAUGGCUGCUUUCCGAGAAAUAAAACCAGUAGAACUUCCCAACUGUAAAUUAGUAAAAGGAAUAGAAGCUGGCUCUGAAGACUUGGAGAUACUUCGUAAUGGUCUGGCCUUCAUUAGCUCAGGAUUAAAAUAUCCUCAAAUAAAGAGCUUUGAAUCCAAUGAGCCUGGAAAGAUACUUCUGAUGGACCUGAACGAAGAGGAGCCGACCGUUUUGGUAUUGAAGAUCAAGGGAAGUAACUUUGAUUUGUCUUCAUUUAACCCUCAUGGGAUUAGCACAUUCACAGAUGAAGAUAAUACUGUGUACCUGCUGGUGGUGAACCAUCCAUAUUUGAAGUCCACGGUUGAGUUGUUUAAAUUUCAAGAAGAAGAAAAGUCACUUUUGCAUCUGAAAACCAUCAAACACCAGCUUCUCCCUAAUGUGAAUGACAUUGUCGCUGUGGGGCCUGAACACUUCUAUGCCACCAAUGAUCACUAUUUUGUUGACCCCUACUUGAGAUCCUGGGAGAUAUAUUUGGGUCUAGCGUGGUCAAAUGUUGUUUACUACAGUCCAAAUGAAGUUCGAGUGGUGGCCGACGGAUUUGAUUUUGCAAAUGGAAUCAACGUUUCACCUGACGGCAAGUACGUCUAUGUAGCUGAGUUGCUGGCGCAUAAGAUUCAUGUGUAUGAAAAGCACGCUAAUUGGACUUUAACUCCAUUGAAGUCCCUGGACUUUGACACACUCGUGGAUAACAUAUCUGUGGAUCCUGUGACAGGGGACCUUUGGAUUGGAUGCCACCCCAAUGGCAUGAAAAUCUUCUUCUAUGACCCCGAGAAUCCUCCUGGAUCAGAGGUACUCCGAAUCCAGAACAUUUUAACAGAGGAACCCAAAGUGACAGUGGUUUACGCGGAAAAUGGAACAGUGUUACAAGGAAGUUCAGUUGCCUCUGUGUACAAAGGGAAACUGCUGACUGGUACUGUGUUCCACAAAGCCCUUUACUGUAAGCUCUAACAGGCCGAUUUGCACCCGGGCCCUGGCAACUGUGAGCUCAUUUCAACCGGUUGCCCCAUUUAAGAGACCACAGUGAUCUCAUCCAAUGAAUUGCUGACCCUAAAUUUGGACAUCACAAGAGAUGAAAGUGUGUUUAACUGGGAACAGAUACGAUGCAUAAGGCCUUUUAGAGAGUAUGAUAUCGAAUCAGUCUUGGGAUAUUUGAAAACCUCAUUUAUCAAUAAAGAUCCUUUUCAAUCAAAUUGCUAGAACUGUCAUGUCAG